AUGGAGAUCGAAGUUCCUGGUGGAUCUUUGAAUCCAGGUUCGGGAGAAUCUGGAGUUGGCGAAAGUGGAAGUGAAAAAAGUUUUAGUGUACUUCAAGUUGAUUUGGCUGAUGAAGAAUCAGAAAGGGAAAAUGAAAAAUAUUUGGAUGAGGAAAAAGAAGAGGAAACCGCUGAACAUUUAUUGGAAAGAUUGAUGCAGUUACCUUAUCAAGUUUUCAUUUUGUCCGAAUCUGGGAGGCCUAUUUUUGUGAAGUGAGUAAAAUUUUUGGGGGAUUUUUUGAUAACUCACUUUGUUUUUUAAAUUUUGACAGAAACUCACAAUAAGAACAAUUCAAGGUUUCACAUUUUAAAAUACUCUUUUCUCCAAAUUUUGACAGAAAAGUUGAAUUUCUAUUCAAUUUCUGGUCAAAUUUUUGGAAUGCAUCAUUUACUUUUAAAGUUUUUUUUCCUAAGAUUUGUUUCAACAAAUUUAUCACUAAUAUUAACACGAAUUUUAAAACUUCCAUUAUCCCCCAUUGAAAAUUUCCAAUUCGAUGUUUUUCACUAAAAAAUGUAUCCCAGAUCUAGUUUAUUUUGUGAAGAGUCCUUCACAAAUAAUUUCAUCAAAAAUUUAAGUGUUUUCUCAGAUUAUAAAUAUGUUUCCCACAAAUUUUUGUCAAAAAAUUUCAGCUCUGGAAACGAGGAACAAUUAUGCUCACUUUUCGCUGUAAUCGGAAUAUUUGUUGAGAGGAUACGAUUAUGGGGUGAUAAUUUGAUAACUAUUUCGUCGAAUAAUAAGCAUAUACAAUUUCUACACAAAUCACCGCUUAUUUUUUGUAUUGGUAGGUUUAUUAUUGGGGAAAAAUGUGAAAUUGAAUUUCACUCAAAAACUCUUACAAUUUUCAGUUUCAAAAUACCCCGAAAAAUUGGACGAACAAUUAGAUGUUUUAUUCGAACAAAUUCUCUCGAUUCUAUCAAAAUCGCAGCUCGAAAAUGUAUAUAAGAAAAAAGGAGACAAUUAUGAUCUUCGAAAAUUACUUCGAGGCACCGAUCGACUCAUCGAAUCAAGUGUUUCAUCGUGGCGUGGAUCUCCAAUAUCUUUUGUUGAUUCAUCGAUUUCAGUAAUUCCAAUGAAUCCAUCGGAUCGAGAAUUUCUAGCGAAUACAAUGGCUGGAAGUUUGGGAGCUGCGAAAUUGGAAGGUGCUCUUUUUGGAAUUAUGAUUGCACAUCGACAAAUUGCUUCUUAUGUGAGAUUCAAGAAAUAUAUAAUGCAUCCGAGGGAUAUGAAUAUUGUCAUUAAUUUGGUAUCCGAUAAAUCUCUUCAACUUUCUGAUGCCUCGACUUGGACACCUAUUUGUUUACCGAAAUUUAAUGACACGUAAGGUUUUUGAACUUAGCGCUUUAGGUAGUUUUCUCGGAGCAUCGUUUCAAAUUUUCCACAUUUUCAGCGGCUUCUUCUAUGCCUAUAUUUCGUAUCCUUGGCAAUCUCAAAAUAUUCCCGCAUGUCUCGUUCUUCUUUCUGUGAAACGAGAUCAUUUUGAUGGAUUGAAUGAGGUCAAAAAAUCGAUAGUGGAAAAACUCGAAGGAAAUUCCAAAUUUUUUCAAAAUUUUUCGGCUGCUGUGAUUUGUCCCAAUUUGUUCAAUAUAUCUCAAAUUGGAAAUUUCAAUGAAUCGCUGUGGUCAUUUAUUUAUUUGAAUCAUUCGUCGAAACAAGUUUGUAUAUCGGCAUCGAAGUAG